GACAGGAGGAGGAGGAUGAGCGGCCGGCUGCGCCUCGGGCUGCUGCUGCUGCUGCUGCUGUUGGCCGGCCCGUGCGGCGGCGCCAUGGACGAGUGCGGCGGGGAGGCGUCGGGAGCGUCGGGCCGGCCGCCCCAGCGCUGCAUGCCCGAGUUCGUCAACGCCGCCUUCAACGCCAGCGUGGUGGCCACCGACACGUGCGGCAGCCCGGCCGAGGAGUACUGCGUGCAGACGGGCGUCACCGGGGUCACCAAGUCGUGCCACCUGUGCGACGCCGCCCGGCCGGCCCUGCGCCACGACGCCGCCGCCCUCACCGACUACAACAACCAGGCCGACACCACCUGGUGGCAGAGCAGGACCAUGCUGGCCGGCGUCCAGUACCCCAGCACCAUCAACCUCACCUUGCACCUGGGAAAGGCGUUUGAUAUUACAUAUGUACGCCUGAAAUUCCACACCAGCCGGCCAGAGAGUUUUGCCAUCUACAAGCGUACUCAGGAAGAUGGUCCGUGGGUGCCAUACCAGUAUUACAGUGGAUCUUGUGAGAACACUUAUCGCAAACCCAAUCGAGGCUUCAUCAGGACCGGGGAGGAUGAACAGGAAGCACUUUGCACAGAUGAGUUCAGCGACAUCUCUCCGCUCACGGGAGGCAAUGUGGCUUUUUCAACUCUGGAGGGGAGGCCCAGCGCUUACAACUUUGAUAACAGUCCUGUGUUACAGGAAUGGGUAACUGCUACUGAUAUCAGAGUAAGCCUCAAUCGUCUGAACACCUUCGGAGAUGAAGUAUUUAAUGAUCCCAAAGUUCUCAAGUCAUAUUAUUACGCCAUUUCUGACUUCGCUGUGGGUGGCAGGUGCAAGUGUAACGGCCACGCGAGCGAGUGUGUGAAGAAGGAAAAUGGAAAAGUCGCUUGCAGUUGUAAGCACAAUACCUUUGGGGUUGACUGUGAGAAGUGCCUCCCUUUUUACAACGACCGGCCUUGGCGAAGAGCAACAGCAGAGAGUGCCAGCGAAUGUUUGCCCUGCAACUGCAAUGGACGUUCCCAGGAGUGUUACUUUGACCCUGAGCUGUACCGUUCCACAGGCCAUGGUGGCCACUGCACGGGUUGCUAUGGUAACACUGACGGGCCCAACUGUGAGAGGUGUCGGGAAAACUUCUACCGUCGUGGAAGUGAGGAAAACUGUCUGCCGUGUAGCUGCAACCCUGUUGGCUCUCUCAGCACACAGUGUGACAACUACGGGAGGUGUAGUUGUAAACCCGGGGUGAUGAGUGACAAAUGUGACCGGUGUCAGCCAGGAUUCCACUCUCUCACAGAGGCGGGUUGCAGGCCAUGUUCUUGCGAUCCUGCUGGAAGUACAGAUGAAUGCAAUGUGGAAACAGGACGCUGUGCCUGCAAGGACAAUGUAGAAGGGUUCAACUGUGAGAGGUGUAAACCUGGCUUUUUUAAUCUGGAUCAAGCUAAUCCUAGGGGAUGUACUCCCUGCUUCUGCUUUGGACACUCAUCGGUCUGUACCAAUGCCAUUGGCUACAGUAUCUACAGAAUUACCUCCAGUUUCCAGAGCGGAGAGGAAGAUUGGCACGCAGAACAACGGGAUGGCUCUGAAGUCUCAGUUCAGUGGAUUGCUGAAACUCAAGAAAUCUCUGUGGUCUCGGAAACGCCUUUUCCCAUCUAUUUCGUUGCACCAGGCAAGUUCCUUGGGAAUCAAGUUUUGAGUUAUGGCCAAAACUUGUCGUUCUCCUUUCGGGUUGAUAGGCGGGACACACGACUUUCUGCUGAAGACAUAGUUCUUGAAGGUGCUGGACUGAGAGUGUCUAUACCUCUCAUUGCUCAAGGCAACUCUUACCCUAGUGAGAACACACUGAAGUAUGCCUUCAGACUCCAUGAAGCAACUGACUAUCCCUGGAGGCCUUCUCUAACGGCAUUUGAGUUCCAGAAGCUGCUUUAUAACUUAACAGCUAUCAAGAUUCGUGGAACCUACAGUGAAAGGAAUGCUGCAUAUUUGGAUGACAUCACCAUUACAAGUGCUCGACCUGGGUCCGGAAACAGAGCUACAUGGGUGGAGAGUUGUACAUGUCCCACAGGGUACCUUGGCCAGUUCUGUGAAGAGUGUGCCCUGGGGUACAGGAGGGAAACCCCUAGUCUCGGUCCUUAUAGUCCGUGCGUGCCGUGUUUCUGCAAUGGCCACAGUGACAUCUGCGACCGCGAAUCUGGAGCGUGCGACUGCAGCGACAACACGGCAGGUCCUCACUGUGAGAAGUGCACUGAUGGCUACUAUGGAGAUGCAACCAUGGGCACUUCUUCGGACUGUCAACCGUGUCCAUGUCCAGGGGGCUCGAGCUGCGCCAUAGUGCCCAAAACCAGGGAGGUGGUUUGUACUAACUGCCCGGUUGGUACCACAGGUAAAAGGUGUGAGCUGUGUGAUGAUGGCUAUUUUGGGGAUCCUCUUGGUGAGAAUGGCCCGGUCCGGCUUUGCCGCCUCUGUCAGUGCAGUGAUAACAUUGACCCCAAUGCUGUUGGUAAUUGCAACCGCUUGACAGGAGAAUGUCUGAAAUGCAUCUAUAAUACAGUUGGCUUCUAUUGUGACCGGUGCAAAGAUGGAUUCUUUGGGAAUCCCUUAGCCCCAAAUCCAGAGGACAAGUGCAAAGCUUGCAACUGCAAUCCUUACGGCACAGCAAAUGUGCAGAUGAGCUGUAAUCAAGUAACAGGGCAAUGUGAGUGCCUGCCCCGUGUCACGGAAAGGGACUGCAGCUCCUGUGAGCCUGGGUUCUACAACUUGCAGAGUGGACGUGGCUGUGAGAGGUGUGACUGCCAUCCACUGGGUUCCACUAACGGACACUGUGACAUACAGACCGGGCAAUGCGAAUGCCAGCCAGGGAUCACUGGCCAGCAUUGCGAGAGGUGUGAGGCCAACCAUUUUGGAUUUGGUCCUGAAGGCUGCAAACCGUGUGACUGUGACCCUGAGGGUUCCCAUUCCCUUCAGUGUAAAGAGGACGGUCGCUGUGAGUGCAAACAAGGGUUUGUGGGGACUCGCUGUGACCAGUGUGAAGAGAACUACUUCUACAACCGGUCCUGGCCAGGCUGCCAAGAGUGUCCUGCCUGUUACAGAUUGGUGAAAGAUAAGGUGGCAGAACAGCGAGAGAGACUGCAGGAGCUGGAAAAUCUUAUAGCCAACCUAGGAACAGGUGAUGAAACCAUAACAGAUCAGGCCUUUGAAGACAGGUUGAAGGAUGCAGAGAGAGAUGUCAUGGACUUGCUUAAGAAUGCCCAAAACAGCAAAGAUGUAGAUCAGGGCUUGAUGGAUCGUCUCCAUGAGAUCAACAGAACCCUGUCUGGUCAACUUGGCCGGUUAAGGAACAUCCAGAAGACAGUGGCAGAUACAGAAAACCUUGCUGAGCAAGCCCGCAGCCGGGUGGACGACACGGAGGAACUGAUCAAAACUGCUUCAGAUAAGCUGUCGAAAGCAUCGGCAGCAGUUGCCAAAGUGGCUCUUCCUUCACCAGACUUGAUCAGCGACCCCAACAAUAUGACUGUCCUGGUAGAUGAGGCCCGUCAGCUAGCUCAGCGGCACAAGCAAGAAGCUGAUGACAUUGUGCGCGUAGCCAAAGAAGCAAACGAUACAUCAACACAAGCAUAUAAAUUGCUCUUAGAUACACUGGCAGGAGAGAAUCAAACAGUGAAUGACAUCAGUGAUCUCAACAGAAAGUAUAAUCAAGCAAAAGACAUUUCCCGAGAUCUGGAAAAGCAAGCGAACAAGGUCCACGCCGAAGCAGAAGAAGCCGGAAACAAAGCUCUGCAGAUCUAUGCUAAUCUCACCAGCUUACCAGUUGUGGACACAGAAAGUCUAGAGAAAGAGGCAACGAAGAUCAAGGAGGAAGCCAAAGAACUAGACCAGCUAAUUAAUAGGAAGCUGAAGAAUUAUGAGGACCUUAUCGAAGACAUGAAAGGGAAAGAACUGGAAGUGAAAAACCUUUUGGAGAAAGGAAAGACUGAACAGCAGACCGCUGAUCAGCUGCUGGCUCGAGCAGAUGCUGCCAAAGCUCUGGCCGAAGAAGCAGCCAAGAAGGGGAACAACACACUCCAGGAGGCCAAAGACAUUCUUGGCAAUCUGAAAGACUUUGACAAGCGUGUUAACGAUAACAAGACAGCGGCUGAGGAUGCCUUGAAAAAGAUUCCUGCCAUUACCCGGACCAUCGCAGAGGCCAGCAAUAAGACACGGCAAGCUGAGCUGGCACUGGGCAAUGCAGCUGCUGAUGCCAGGGAAGCGAAGAACAGAGCUGACGAUGCUGAGAAAAUUGCUAAUUCUGUACAAAAAAAUGCUGCGACUGCAAAGGCCGAUGCUGACAAGACCUUUGCGACUGUCACCGAGCUGGACAAAGAAAUGGAUGAUAUGUUGCAGCAGCUGCAGGAUGCAGAGGAAGAGCUGAAGAAGAAACAGGACAGUGCAGACCAAGAUAUGAUGAUGGCAGGAAUGGCUUCGCAAGCUGCUCAGGAAGCGGAAGACAAUGCAAGGAAAGCAAAGAAUUCUGUGAACAGCUUGCUCAAUAUGAUUAAUGACCUGCUUGGGAAAUUAGGGGAUCUAGAGACUGUGGACUUGAGUAAACUGGAGGAAAUCGAACGUACCUUAAAUAAUGCCCAGAAGCAGAUGAGAGACAACGAGCUGGACAGAAAAGUGUCUGAUCUAGAAAAGGCAGCCGAGAAGCAGGCCGGUGCCAUUGAUGACUACAACAGGGACAUUGACACUAUCUUGAAAGACAUUGCUAAUCUAGAGGACAUCAAGAAGACCUUGCCAACAGGCUGCUUUAACACCCCGUCCAUUGAGAAACCCUAAGGGUGUGCUAAGGGCAGGGGGGCAUCCCCUCAGUGACUGGUGGAGCAGUUAUUUGGCCGUGGAGUGCCUUAAUUCCUAAAAUUACCUUCUUCAGGACCCUCACCACAUCUCCCAAUACAGCUCUCAGCUGUUGUUUCCCAAUUCAAGAGAAAACAAGCAAACAAACUUCUGAAUGAAAAGCAAAUUUAAGAAUCAGUCUUUUGGGCUUUGAGACAACUAUAUAUAGGUUUUCCUGCUCAAACACACUCCACUUGAUCCCUUUUUCUCAGAUAACACUCCCCUUUUAAUUUACACAAUGAUGUGAAAUAUUCUGGACUGUUGUACUGAAUUGUAGAAGUGGCCAUGGGAAAUGGUGUACAGUGGAGUCACAAACAAGCUUCCCCCCCUUCCAUUCCCUUCUUU